CCCACCAUUCUUCUUUGAUCUCAAAGUAGAUAACUUUGGGGAAAUGGAAUCUGAGUAUCCUCUCUUCACAGCUCUUUCCCAUAUAACCUGCACGCAGACUUCAUUUAUUCAUUCCAGCCAUUAGGAAAAGAAACAAGAAAGGGGGGAAAAGGGGUGAAGACUUCUUUUUCCCGGGAUUUCUAGUGGUUACCAACUUCAUAAUCAUAGUUUUAUUAUGGGUAUCAAUGGAGGGAUUGUUAGGAGUGCCUUCUCCAGGACACGGUCUACAGCUUCCGCUGGAACUUGUCAUCAUGAUGGCAAUGGAAGACGCAGCAACGGUGGUGAGAAGAAGAGGUGGAGUGUGGUGAGAUCAUACCUUUGUGGGGAUGAGUUUAACUCGGUUCAGGGGGAGGAGGAUUCUGCUACAGUCUCACGAUGUCCUCAAGUAAAAGGUUCUGUGGAGACCCAAGAGACGAUGAUCAAGGAGCAGAGUUCUACGUCUAGCUUGUUCCUUCAGGAGGAUGCAGCGAUCAUCAUUCAGACCGCAUUCAGAAAGCUAAUGGCUAGACGUCAGGAUGAGGAACAUGCAAAAGUGAGUGAUGAUGACAAGCAGGAGCUGCACCCAGAAAUGGGAUGUGGAAGUCUUGGAAGGUACUCAGUGAGCACAUCCAUCGAGGUUCAGACUGGUAACUCGGUAGAUGCUCUCUCGAUAACAGAAGAAAACAAUGGUGACCAACGCAAAACAAAGAAAGCCAGCAGAUGCCAGGAUUUCAGGUCCAAGGUGAUCACCAGAACACACACCAAAAGCUGCGGAUAUGCUCGAGGGAAAAGCAAGCUAGGUCCGAAAGUACACAGCAGCAGCAGCCCAGCAUGAGUUGGCAUUGGCUGGAAAGGUGGAUGGCCACCAGAGCUCCUGAAUUCUCGUUGGAGAGCCAUUCAAACAAGCAAUCUGAACAGUCAGCAAACAACAACAGCCACAGACAAGGAAAAAGCAGAUGUUUCGAUUUAGCAGUAGCAGAGAGGGAGAGUUGUGGGUCAAAUGAGGUACCUGUCCCUGAUGAGAGCUCAAAAACCGAUGCAGGAUUAGAAAAUGGCUCAUUCAUCUCGACCGGAAAGAGAGCCAAGCCUGUAAGAAGUAUCUCCAGGAGGAAAACAGCGCCAUGCUAUCAAUGUCCUCCUAAAGAGCAAAAGUUCUCAAAUAGACUGUCAAGAACAGCUGUGCCAGUUUAGAGCACGAGAAGGAUCAGAAGCUGAAAAGAUCAAACAGCAACAGAGAAAACAAGUGUCAAGAUGCUUCAGCAUCUUACAACUAUGGCAACAUUCACUUCCUUGUGAACUGAGCUAAAAGCGAUAUUUCGAAUAAACUUAAAGAGUUCUUAGCCAUUGUUUCAGCAUUAAAACAUUGAAUACGCCGUAAUG